AUGCUAGACUAUAUGGAUUACGUUCAGAGACAGUUUGAAAAGAGCACUGAUUGGAAUUACGAUAAUAGCUAUGCCAAUAUUUUGGCCAGUUCGAGGAAUAUACUGGAUUUCCCAGUCCCCAACCAGUUCAAGUUCCAACUAUCGAACAAUUCUACCCCUCAUACGUUUAAUACCAUGGAAGUCUUUAGUAGAAAGAUAUUCAACGGUUCGAUGACUUACCUAUAUACAGAUGCUGAGAACAUGGAUAAAUUGGUACACGAUUCUAAUUCUAUCAGUUUACAAGAUGUGACGGACACUUACAGAUACGUACAACCUUAUUACACGCAUAAGCCCAGUUCUAAUGGUGAUAAUCAUGUCAGAUCGCUUUACUAUGGGAAAAUGUCAUAUCCAAGUCCCAAUCUGGAAGCCAUGCUCAUCAAAAGGCUCAAUGAAAGUACGCAACUGACGUUACAAUGCGUUAGUAGCUUUAAUGGAUUUAACAUAUUGACAGGUUAUUGGCAACAUGAUACUGGUAGGAAUAGACAUGAAGUGAUAAUGUCCACCAAUGACCUCUUAUGUGGAUACAGGUAUCUACACAAUUUCUUGGGGACACCUUCCAAGUUGAAGACAUCAUUGUACAAUAAUUUUAGCCUUUCUUUAGGUGGCGAAGUAUGGUUAGGUAUAGUUACUUUGAGUCCUGGAUGUUCCACUACUCUAAGGUAUUGCACACAUUCACCCACCACUGGUAGACCACAGACUUUGACGCUAACGUGGAAUCCACUUUUUGGUCACAUUUCCUCCACUUAUACCGCAAAGACAAGUUCAUCAUCAACAUUUUCUACCAAAUACGAUUUUAACCUGUACUCAAUAGAAUCAAACCUUUCAUUUGGAUGUGAAUUUUGGCGCCGUGGGUACCAAGAAAGUUCACCUCAGUUACAAGAACAAAUUAAUGGGCAUGCGUCUGAACCUAAAGAUCGUAUAAUGUACUACCACAUGAUGGCACCCGAUAGUAGGAACUCAAUAUCACCAAGAGCCAAUUCGCCACAAGAACGACAAUUACUGGAAGAUUUAACCAUUGCAUUCUCUUCGUCUUUAAAGAAGAUCGACAAAGAAAAAUCCAUGAUAGAACAGUUUGAGAAUAGAAUUAAUCAAUCAAAUUUUACUAGCGUUUGGAAACUAAGUACCUCAUCAAAAGAUAAAAACCUACGACUGCUUUGGGAAGGUAAAUUUAAAGGGUUUCUUCUCUCAGCAGGUACAGAAUUCUGUAAGACUAAUCCACGAAACGAAAUUAAUGAAGUUCCAUCAACUGAAAAUAAGUUAACAUUUUAUCCCAACAAAUUUGGUAUCCAAUUACAAUAUUCUACUUAA